UCACGGACACCAGGCCUCUCUAGGUUUCACUGCUCCUCUCCACCAUGAUCAACACUUACCAGACCAGCCUGCCUGCACCACCGGUGCCUCCGCGCCUCAACCGUUCCCACCCGGUUUUCAUGCCAGCUCCACUUCCAUCACAAGGCAACAGCAAGACACUCAUCCGAUUUUUGGUUGGUGCUGUGCUGCUGCAUUUAUUGCUGUCUGUCGGGGGAUUCAUCUACCUGUACCACCUUCAUCAAAUGGACAAAUUUCACUCAGCUGAAGGAAAAGCUGCCUUUCUAUCAUCAGAAAAACAGAGAACUUCCUACAAACCCAUGGCACGCAUGAUAGUUCAGCAGAAAUCAGAACUGAAAUCCAUAUCGGGUUAUCUAGAGUGGGACAUACACCACUCAGAUCUUAGAGCCAUCAACUACUACCGCAACAGUUGGUUGACAAUUAUGGAGCCUGGUGACUACUAUGUCUUCUCUAGGGUGACCUUCUCAAAGGGCAACUCUGAGAUCCCACUGGUCAGUAUGGUCAAGAAGAGAGAGAAUGAGACAGGAGCUGAGAUGACUGUGAUGCAGGCCUUCUGCAGCCUGGAGACCCACAGUGGGCCUCGGUCGUGCACAGCCACACAGGGAGAAGUGAUCACACUGAAGAAAGGAAACCAGCUCAGUGUCUGGGUACAAGACCUUUCACUGGUGGACUACAAUGAAGGAGCCACAGCCUUUGGGAUGUACAGAAUUUAGGACUCCUAUACAAGCACUUGCCCGGACCUAAGCUGAAGAGUAGAAACUUUCUGUCAUGUUGAUGGAUUUGGAUUUAAAGCUACAAAGAAGACUUUUAAAUAGACUGCACUGUGUAUCAAACUGAUGAUUUCCUUUUUUAUGGAUUUCAGAGACUGCGUUCGUAAACUAUAAUUUAUUAAAUAAGAUUUACUUUGUGUAAUUUCUGUGGCAGUACUGUGAAUGGUUGUUCUGUAUUUAUUGAUGUAAAUGGGGUUGUAUGAAGGUGAAAUGAAGUUUUAAUACUUAAUCCAAAAUAUUUUUUUCUCCUUUUCUUAAUUUUUCCUCCAUCUACCCUAUUUUCUGAGUUAGUUAGAGGUAAGAGAGAGGGGGUGAACAAUCAGCAAUAAGGUACAAACUAAUGCAUUUUAACAGCAGUUUGUUGAAGACCACAAAAAUACUGAUAGUGAGUGAAAAACCUGAAUUUCGCAAUCUAGUUCAGUAUCUAAAGUUUCAAAAUUCUGGGGUAAUAGGAAACCACAGACCAAAGGUGCUUUUUCUCAAGAAGCUUAGCCACAACAAA